CAGCAGGAUGGCGAUGAAACGGGGUAUUUGGCGACCAAAGAACGGAGGUUGGGAGGCCGGGUCAACUUGCCCAAAGUGCCUCACUCACCAGGACGAGAUUCCAGCGCUAGUUGUGCCACAGACGCACUGUGGAUGGCCAGAGUGAGGUUGACUGCUCCACCUGACACCCUGCCUGUGCUGGUUGUGCAAAAGCCAGUGUUGGAUGCUGCGUCGUUUUUUCUCGGUACCGUCGGCCGCAGAUAUCGGUGUUGGUUGUGACAGCGCUGAAUGAGGCGACGGAAUGACGGCGAGAAUGUGGCGUGCGAGAUAAAAAGACAGAAUGGGAAAUCGGCGGACGAACUGUCAUGUUCCUGCCAUACAGAUAAGAGGCCGAUAGACGAUGACGUAGAAGAGGAGGCAACGUUCGUCGAGAAAUUUGCUUUUGCUCUUCUGCACUUCUCCGCGGGGGUCUCGGCCAGCGCGCUGCCCACUGAUUUGCACCUACCACCAUUAGAACCAACACCUUUCCUUCGGAGGAAGCGGGGGUUACACAGUUCGCCAAUACUACAGACGGUCAGCCAACAACCUAACUUGAGCUCGCCGCUGGAGCCAGAGCCGAGGUCGCCCACGAGUCCUAGACCAAUUCCCUGGCAGAGGAGGAGGCGCUUCUAUUCCCCUCCACCAGGCAAGGCAGCAUCGUGUCUCAUGUCGCAUCGCUUUGAUAUUGCCAUCACGCAGCUCCCAUUGCAUCAGGCAAGGCAACCCGGCUGGACAACCAGUCUCUGCCCGCUGUACUGGAGGUGCGCCGUGUGCUUCUGGGUGGCCAGUGGAUUCCUGGCGCAGCUAACGCGAACGGUCAGGGCGAGUGGGCUGUCCUUUGGAGGAAUAGUCGUGAAGGAUUUUGGUGAGCGAGUUUGCUUGGCGAGUUGCGUCGAGUCCAGGUGGCCUGUGCUUUUUUUUUUCCUUGCACCAGGUGGUGAGUGGUGAGAUUUUUCGAGUGGGGUUCACUUCCAUCCCAUCCAAU